AUGCGAGGGGUAUACUUCCAAGUUGAAAGUCGCUGUAAGAUACGUUCCAUUCGGCAGUAUGCGAUCCACGCCACACGUUCCCCACAGAGAUUCCUACGGACACUCCCUAUCCGUGAAAAAAAGUCUGCUCAGACGCAAUUCGACCCACGACAGAGGGUAUUGAGGGUACCGGUACCUAAGAAGUAUUCUCAGUUAGAAGAAGUAGAGGCAGAGUCGCCUAUCAACGAUCAUGGUACCAAUCAGAGAGUGCCAAUUUCGAACACACCUAUACAUGAACCUGUAGUUCGGUGGUACCAGCAACUUACCCCAUGGUCCAAGGAGAGAAGGCUCUCGGAUCCAGAUACGCAUUACAUUGAUGAUGAGGAUAAAGCAGAGAUAAAAUCCUUGAAGAAUGAGAUUGACAGACUUGAUCAGGAGUUACGGGAGAUGCAGGAAGGCUCUGUUGGCAAGGGGUUGGUCGAUUCUAUGAUCCACGGACUAUCACCCGAGGAUCAGCAAGCCGUAAGGAAUGAGAUCGAAAAACGAGAGUUACAGAGAAAGCAAGAGAAGCUAGCGCUUGCAGAGUAUCUACCGAGACUCGAAAUCAAAUGGACCCUGCCUCCCCAGCAAAGCACGUAUUUGCGAAAUCUCAACACAAAAAUUCGUAAUGCAGCAAAACAACUGGAACAAUAUACGUCACGUCGGCGACUUUGGAUGUCCUACGCUCGUUGCAAAGCUUUUCUUCCGCCAUUUUUGCACCUUGUGCCUCCUGAGGCCUGGCUCGUCCUUUACGAAUCCCGUGCGAUAGCUGCUGCUAAAGAUGACGCACACUGGGCGAGACAUCUGAUUGUGCUGGUAGAGGAUAUGAGGGUUGCUCAGAAUGAAUUUCAUCCCCAUCAAAUCAUGCUUUACAUCGAGGCUCUGCGCUUUGAGGGACGCCAUCGGCAAGCCAUCCAGGAAUGGCAAGAUCUGAAAGUGAUUUUUGAGAAUGAUGAGCGUGCAUCUACUGAAUACGAGUUAUUGGGAGUAAGGCUAUUCACUUCUCAAGGAGAUCUUGGUAAAGCUGAGGAUAUAGCUACGGAGUAUCUUAAGUCUGGCGACAAGUCAGAGUCGCGCAUUCUCAUCCCCAUACUGGACACUUGGGUAGAGCGUAAGGACGAUAUUAGUAUGAAACACGGCUGGGCGUUGUACCUUAAGUUGAAGCUGCAGCUAGGACCUGAUAUCACGAUGCAGGAUUACGGUAGUGUCUACUUGAGCUUUCUGCAUAGGAAUCGAGCAGAUCUAGCAUUGGCUGUCUUCAAGGACAUGAUGCUCACUGGACAAUGCAGUGGCCAAGAUUCUCUUGAUAUUUAUCGGAAGUCCAUGAUGUUCAGCGAACUGCAACACAAUGCACUUGACGCCCCAGGGUUGAAUGAGAUAUCCUUGAGAAGCAUGACGGUCUUGCCACUACGCUUCCAGAACAAAUGGUUUUAUGCAAGUUGGAUCAAGAAGCUCAUUGGGAUGGAUGAAGCGGACUCGGCAGCUGCAGUUGUAGACCUCAUGUAUGAGCGAGGCAUCCCCCCUGAUGCGAAACACCUCAACGGAAUCAUUGGAGCUUGGCUUAGGACUGCAAGUGAUACGCGGAAAGUCAAAGCUGAACGGAUGGCCUGGGUAAUGAUUCAUCAGCGGCUCAAACUCGUCCAACUCAGAACUUCAGGCUUUACAGCACCUCUGCCUAAUGCAAGCUCUACAGCUUCUGACUACGGAGCUACCAUUAUUGUUCCACAAGAAGUUAAGCGAGCAGUUCCAUGCGCUACCAUCGAAACCUUUUGCUUGCUUCUCCAGUUCUAUGCGCGAAGAAGAAGGUAUCAGCACAUAGAACAUCUGCAAAAGGCUUUGGAACAGGCAGAGCUGUCGGCCAACAGCUACUGGAUGAAUGAUCUCCUUUAUAUGGGUCGUCGUCAGCACAAAUACGACCUGGUGUGGCAGAGCUACAAGGGCAUGACCGAAUGUCAAAUUCAACCAGAUUUAGUGACCUUUGCCUGUCUUUGGGAAUGCUCGGAGUCUCACAACAAAGCCGCGGCGUUGGGUCCUGAUCGUUCCUUCGAGUUCCCAAGCCCUCGGAGGAUCAUGUGCGAGCAAAUGGCUUGGCUAGAAACGCUCCGCGGGAGGAAGCGAGAGGAGGCUAAGGCAUCUGUUACCCAAGAACUUUACGAACGGAUUAUUUGCUGUAUGGCGCAGUCGCACGAUUUGGCGGGGAUCGUUGUCUCCCUCUACAUAAUGAGGGACCAGUUUGGCUAUUAUCCAACGCUGACAACAAACCGCAAUGUUGUCAAGCAGAUAGCUCGUAUGACGCUGCGUGAUUGGAUUCAAACCCACGGCUUGACCCAUCGCCGUAGGCCUCAGCUGCAAGCCAAAAAUGAAGCAAUGAUCGAGAAGGCACUGAAGGAUAUCCAAGAUGAGCGCUCUCAAAUGCUCGUAGAUGCAGGUUAUGAUGACUUCGAGCAAUUGGACGACCAGAUUCGAAGGGAGGAGAGAUUGUAUAUGUUAGCAGCAUUUCUACGAGCAAUGAUAUCAAGAAUGUCGUCAGUCUCGACGGAUGUCGAAGCUUUGAUCAAGACUGCUAGUCUGGAAAUGGGUUGCACGGAAACGACCGCAAACAUGGGCGACCCGAUGUCUCGUCACGCAGUCUGA